AUGGACGCCUUCGGGGCCAACGAUGAGGAGAGUGCCGAGCUCAAGAAGCUCUGGGCGGAGAUGAAUGUCGACCCCGAUAACUACGAGACCUGGGAGAAACUCGUUCGGACAGUCGAGACUCUUGAGGGAGGUAUCAACCGCAACUCCAGUUCGCAGGCCAUUACCGCCUUGCGCGAAGUCUACGAUCGCUUCCUUGCGAAAUUUCCUCUUUUUUUCGGCUACUGGAAGAAGUAUGCCGACCUCGAGUUCUCGAUCGCCGGCACUGAGGCGGCGGAGAUGGUAUAUGAACGAGGUGUCGCCAGCGUCAACAACUCCGCCGAUCUCUGGACCAACUACUGCUCGUUCAAGACAGAAACCAGCCAUGACCCAGACGUUAUUCGAGAACUAUUUGAGCGGGGAGCCGAAGCUGUAGGCAUCGAUUUCCUUGCUCACGUCUUCUGGGACAAGUACAUCGAAUUUGAGGAGCGCAUGGAGCAGCCCGACCGGAUUUUCGCUCUUUUUGGCCGCAUCAUUGUCAUUCCGAUGCACCAGUACGCACGAUACUUUGAGAAGUACCGUCAGCUGGCACAAACGAAACCCGUUCACAUGCUUGUACCGCCUCAGGUCUUGACGCAAUAUCAAUCAGAGAUCGAGAACGCCGGCAUUGGCUACAAGUCAGGCCGCAGUCAGCAAGAAGUCGAACAGGAGCUACGCCAACGUAUCGACGGUUACCACCUCGAGAUCUUCAGGAAGACUCAAGCCGAGACCACCAAGCGCUGGACUUACGAGUCUGAGAUCAAACGACCAUACUUCCACGUGACUGAUCUCGAUGAAGGUCAGCUCGACAACUGGCGCAAAUAUCUGGACUUUGAGGAGGGCCAAGCAGACUACACACGUGCACAUUUCCUCUACGAACGCUGCUUGGUUGUUUGUGCCCUGUACGAGGAGUUCUGGUUGAGAUAUGCCAGGUGGAUGUUCGCUCAACCAGGCAAGGAGGAAGAGGUCCGCAACAUCUACAUGCGGGCAUCUUGUUUGUUCGUGCCUAUUGCACUUCCCACCAUCCGACUACACUACGCCUUCUUUGAAGAAAUGACAGGACGAGUCGACAUUGCGAAAGAAAUCCACGAGGCCAUCCUUGUCCAGCUUCCCAGCCAUAUCGAUACCAUAGUGUCACUCGCCAACACAUCAAGACGUCACGGCACAAUAGAUGAUGCCGUGGCCGUCUACGCUGCUCAGCUAGAGUCCCCUACGGUUGAAGUCUCCGCCAAGGCGGCAGUAGUUGCCCACUGGGCACAUUUGCUGUGGAAGAUCAAGGGCUCUACCGAUGAAGCUCGUGCUGUCUUCCAGAAGUACCAAUCUUAUUACUUUGAGAGCGAGUCGUUCUGGAAGGGCUACCUACAACUUGAGAUUGGUCAGCCAACCUCGGUAGAGACCGAAAAGGAGCAGUACGAUCGGAUCAAGGCAGUGGCCGAUGCUCUCCUCUACAAGAGUAAGCUAUCGGAGACGACACUGCAGAGUCUGAUCGCGAUCUACAUGGAUUAUCUGAUGGAGAAGGGAGGCAAAGAGGCUGCGAAGGAAUACCUGAACCUUGAUCGAGAGAUCAACGGGCCCACGUCAGUGCAGAAGCUUCCAAAAACGGCGCCGUCUGCCACUUCGAAAGCGGCGGCAGGCAUCAAUGGCCAGGUAAUUUCUCCCAACUCUCCUAUUGAGCCAGAACUAACAACACACAGCAGCCACCUGCACCCAACGAUAUGA